AUGGGUCAGACUGUGCGGGACGGUGCUGUCCUUCCAACAGAUAAGAGCUUUCCCUGUACUGAGUGCGGGAAGUGUUUCCGUUUUAAAUACGAUCUUAAUGAGCAUAAAACAUCUCACACAGGAGAGAAGCUGCAUUCCUGCCCUGAGUACAGGAAAUGUUUUUCAAAGAAGACCCAACAUCAGAGAUUACACAAUGGUGAGAAGCCGUAUUCCUGUUCUGAGUGCGGAAAAUGUUUUUUAAAAAAAUCAAAACUUGUCACACAUCAAAGGUCUCACAUGGGGGAAAAAACAUAUUUCUGUUUUGAGUGCGGGAAAUGUUUUUCAAGGAAAUGGAAUCUCACCCAACAUCAGAGGUCUCACACCGGUGAGAAGCCAUAUUGCUGUACUGAGUGCGGGAAAUGUUUUUCAGAUAAGAGCACUCUUUACAAACAUCAGCGAUCUCACACAGGUGAGAAGCCAUAUUUCUGUACUGAGUGCGGAAAAUGUUUUUCAGAAAAGAGCACUCUUUACAAACAUCAGAUAACUCACACGGGGGAGAAGCCAUAUUCCUGUCCUGAGUGCGGGAAAUGCUUUUCACUGAAGUCCAGUCUUUGCAAACAUCAGAUAUCUCACACGGGGGAGAAGCCGUAUUCCUGUCCUGAGUGCGGGAAAUGUUUUUCACAGAAAUGCAUUCUUAAUGCACAUCAGAGAUCUCACACAGGGGAGAAGCCGUAUUCCUGUCCUGAGUGUGGGAAAUGUUUUUCACGGAAGUCCCAUCUUUCCAGACAUCAGAGAUCUCACAGAUGUGAAAAGCCGUAUUCCUGUCCUGAGUGUGGGAAAUGUUUUGCAGAUAAGUCCAGUCUUUACAAACAUCAGAGAUCUCACACGGGGGAGAAGCCAUAUUCUUGUCCUGAGUGCGGGAAAUGUUUUUCACAGAAGUCCGGUCUUAACUCACAUCAGAGAUAUCACACAGGGGAGAAGCCGUAUUCCUGUCUUGAGUGUGGGAAAUGUUUUUCAAUGGAGUCCCAUCUUUACAGACAUCAGAGAUCUCACAUGGGGGAGAAGCCAUAUUCCUGUCCUGAGUGUGGGAAAUGUUUUUCACAGAUGUCCAGCCUUAAUGCACAUCAGAGGUCUCACACGGGGGAGAAGCCAUAUUCCUGUCUUGAGUGCGGCAAAUGUUUUUCACAGACAUCUGGUCUUAACGCACAUCGGAAGUCCCACACAGGGGAGAAGCCAUAUUCCUGUCCUGAGUGUGGAAAAUGUUUUAAAGAUAAAUCAAAGCUUGUCACACAUCAGAGGUCUCACACAGGUGAUAAGCCGUAUUCCUGUCCUGAGUGUGGAAAAUGUUUUAUAGCUAAAUCAAAACUUGCCACACAUCAGAGAUCUCACACGGGGGAGAAGCCGUAUUCCUGUCCUGAGUGCGGGAAAUGUUUUAUAGCUAAAUCAAAACUUGCCACACAUCAGAGAUCUCACAUGGGGGAGAAGCCAUUUUCCUGUCCGGAGUGCGGGAAAUGUUUUAUAGAUAAAUCAAAACUUACCACACAUCAGAGAUCUCACACGGGGGAGAAGCCGUAUUCCUGUCCUGAGUGCGGGAAAUGUUUUAUAGAUAAAUCAAAACUUACCACACAUCAGAGAUCUCACACGGGGGAGAAGCCGUUUUCCUGUCCUGAGUGUGGGAAGUGUUUCAGUUCUAAAAGCAGUCUUAAUAAGCAUAAAAAAUCUCAUACAGGUGAGAAGCCGUAUUCCUGUCCUGAGUGUGGGAAAUGUUUUUCACAGAAGGCCCAUCUUUACCGACAUCAGAGAUUUCACACGGGGGAAAAAACAUAUUUUUGUUCUGAGUGCGGGAAAUGUUUUUCAGAGAAAAGUGAUCUCAACAGGCACCAAAGGUCUCACACAGGUGAGAAGCCGUAUUCCUGUCCUGAGUGCGGGAAAUGUUUUUCAGGGAAAUCCAGUCUCAACAGACACCAAAGGUCUCACACAGGUGAAAAGCCGUAUUCCUGUCCUGAGUGUGGGAAAUGUUUUUCAGAGAAAACCGAUCUCAACAGACACGAAAGGUCUCACACAGGGGAGAAGCCGUAUUCCUGUCCUGAGUGUGGCAAACGUUUUUCUCAGAAAUCCUUCCUUAUCACACAUCAGAGAUCUCACACGGGGGAGAAGCCGUAUUCUUGUUCUGAGUGUGGGAAACAUUUUUCAGAGAAGUCCCUCCUUAUCAUACAUCAGAGAUCUCACACAGAUGAGAAGCCAUAUUCCUGUCCUGAGUGUGGGAAAUGUUUUUCAGACACGUCUGAUCUUUAUAAUCAUCAGAGAUUUCACACGGUUGAGAAGCCGUAUUCUUGUUCUGAGUGUGGGAAAUGUUUUUUUAAAAAAUCUGAACUUGUCACACAUCAAAGGUCUCACACAGGCGAAAAACCAUAUUUCUGUUUUGAAUGCGGGAAAAGUUUUUCAAGGAAAUGGAAUCUCAACCAACACCAAAGGUCUCACACGGGUGAGAAGCCGUAUUCCUGUCCUGAGUGCGGGAAAUGUUUUUCAGAAAAGGGCACUCUUUACGCACAUCAGAGAUUGCACACGGGGGAGAAGCCGUAUUUCUGUUCUGAGUGUGGUAAAUGCUUUUCACAGAAAUCGCAUCUUUACAAACAUCAGAGAUCUCACACAGGGGAGAAGCCGUAUUCCUGCCCUGAGUGUGGGAAAGGUUUUUCACAAAAGCCCCAUCUUUACACACAUCAGAGAUUUCACAUGAAGGAGAAGCCGUAUUCCUGUCCUGAGUGCGGGAAAUGUUUUUCACAGAAGUCCAAUCUAAAGGCUCAUCAGAUAUCUCACACGGGGGAGAAGCCGUAUUCCUGUCCUGAGUGUGGGAAAGGUUUUUCACGGAAGUCCAGGCUUAAUGCACAUCAGAAAUCUCACACGGGGGAGAAGCCGUAUUCCUGUCCUGAGUGUGGGAAAUGUUUUUUAGACAAGUCCAGUCUUUGCAGACAUCAGAGAUCUCACACGGGGGAGAAGCCACCUUCCUAUAAGAAUUUUUUCUGUGCUGAGUGCGGGAAGUGUUUCAGUUUCAAAAGCAGUCUUAAUAGGCAUAAAAGAUUUCACACGGGGGAGAAGCCUUUUUCCUGUUCUGAGUGCGGAAAAUGUUUUUCAAUGAAGUCCAAUCUUUCCAAACAUCAGAGAUCUCACACGGGGGAGAAGCCUUUUUCCUGUUCUGAGUGCGGGAAAUGUUUUUCAGUGAAGUCCGAUCUUUCCAAACAUCAGAGAUCUCACACGGGGGAGAAGCCUUUUUCCUGUCCUGAGUGCGGGAAAUGUUUUUCACAGAUGUCCAGUCUUUCCAAACAUCAGAGAUCUCACACGGGGGAGAGGCCUUUUUCCUGUUCUGAGUGUGGGAAAUGUUUUUCAGUGAAGUCCAAGCUUUCCACACAUCAGAAAUCUCACACGGGGGAGAAGCCUUUUUCCUGUCCUGAGUGCGGGAAAUGUUUUUCACAGAUGGCCAAUCUUUCCAGACAUCAGAGAUCUCACACGGGGGAGAAGCCUUUUUCCUGUUCUGAGUGCGGGAAAUGUUUUUUAAUGAAGUCUCAUCUUCCCGCACAUAAGAGAUCUCACACGGGGGAGAAGCCUUUUUCCUGUUCUGAGUGCGGGAAAUGUUUUUCACAGAAGUCCCAUCUUUCCAGACAUCAGAGAUCUGACACGGGGGAGAAGCCUUUUUCCUGUUCUGAGUGCGGGAAAUGUUUUUCACAGAAGUCCCAUCUUUCCAGACAUCAGAGAUCUCACACGGGGGAGAAGCCUUUUUCCUGUUCUGAGUGCGGGAAAUGUUUUUCAGUGAAGUCCAAUCUUUCCACACAUCAGAGAUCUCACACGGGGGAGAAGCCUUUUUCCUGUUCUGAGUGCGGAAAAUGUUUUAUACGGAAGUCCCAUCUUUCAAAACAUCAGAGAUCUCACACGGGGGAGAAGCCUUUUUCCUGUCCUGAGUGA